AUGACAGCAAUACUCGGUCGUUUGUAUCAUGAACCACAAAACAACAAUUACGUAAAAUUUAAGUGGGUGGUAUCUGAAAAAUUAAUAAUAUCAUCAGGAGAGAAAGUGGUUGUAUCGCCUGAAAUCUUAGUCAGUAAUGAUAAACAAUCAGCGUUUCAAUUGAAACUCGUGCAAAAGAACUCUCUAAAUGACAUUUGGGGGUUACGUCUAUGUCGUGUGAAUGGAAAAUCAUUAUCAUGCAAAUGCACCAUAGAAGUACUCAAAAAUGGACAAAUUGCCGACACUCGAUCAGAUAAUUAUACGUUUUCUGUGAAUAAUCGUGAAAAAAUUAUUUUGGACAUAAUUGGAAUUUCAUCCUGGAGUUUGAGUAUUGUUUGCCAGUUAAAAUUUCCUUCAACAAAUACAGGAAACAAUGAAUCUGCCGAUAUGGAUACCGAGUUGGGUUUAAAAUUUAAUUUCGAGUGGAUUUUUCUCAAUAAAAACUUUAGUGAUCUUGUGCUACAAACUGCAUGUGGAAAAGAAAUACCAGCACAUAGGCUUGUACUUGCUACUGCCAGUCCAGUAUUUCAAGCUAUGUUUAGCCAUGACAUGCUGGAGAACAAAAGCCAAUCAGUUGAUAUGGUCGAUAUUAGUCAUCAAGCAGCAGUUGAAAUGCUGCGAUACAUUUACACGGGUAGUGUUGAAAUUCAAGAAUUCUCCUUGGCUGCUGAUGUUCUGGCGGCUGCUGACAAGUAUCAACUUGAAGAGUUGAAAAAUAAAUGCGAGCGCAUAUUAGGCUCGAAUUUAUCCACUGAAAAUGCCGUUGAGGCUCUUAAAAUUGCUGAUACGUAUAGCGCGAAAAAUUUGGAAAAAGAAGCUGUUGAUUUUAUCAAGCGUAAAAUGAAUGAAACAUUGCCAUUAAAUGAAAUAAAAGAUAUGAUUCUUGGUAAAGGGCGAUUAGUUUCAAAAUAA